UUGGUUUCAGUGCUAGAAAUCUCAGUUAUCGCGUUUUCUUUGCUUUGCUUUGCUGUACUCUACUGUAAACCAUCUUUCUACCCAACCUCAUUUGCUACUACUGCUCAGCUCUUCUCUUCUCUUCCCUUUUUUUUUAAUAAUUUUUAUUUACUUAUUUUGUAUGUUUCUCAUUCAUAACGUUUGUAGAUCUUAGUUCUCAAAGAAAGAUUCAAGCUUUUUCAUUUAUUUAGUUAUUUUUUCUCAUAAAAAUCUAAGAAGUAGAAGGUGAACCCAGAAACCAUGAAGCUGGAUCGGAGCUCUGCGCUUAUCUUUUCAUUUUUAUUGAUGGGUCUUCUUGCUUCUGCUUCAUCUUCUACUCACAUCUCAGAUUCCAUCUUUGACUUUCAUGUUUCUUCUGGUCGCAAUCUCCUUCAAGCUAAGAAAGGUUGCCCUGUGAACUUUGAGUUUUUGAACUACACUAUCAUCACCAGCCAAUGCAAAGGACCGCAUUACCCUGCCAAGCAGUGUUGUGCAGCAUUCAAGGACUUCGCCUGUCCAUAUUCGGAUGUGUUGAAUGACUUGACAAACGAUUGCGCUUCAACCAUGUUCAGCUACAUUAACCUCUACGGCAGAUACCCACCUGGUCUUUUCGCCAGCGAGUGCAAAGAAGGGAAGCUUGGUUUGGAGUGCCCUGCACAGCCACCAUCUGUAUCAAAAGAUGUAAAUGCAUCUAAUGCUGUGGCUUACUCAUCACCAUUGAGCUUGCUAACGGCAGCCUUUAUUGUCUUGUUACUCAAGUUAUUUUAAGGAAAACACCUUUUCUUUUCACCCUUAAAGUAUUGGUUGGUUGACUACUAACCUUGUGGGCAAUUCAAAUUUUCAUUCGUUGGGUUAAGUCAUGUUUCACCCUUAAAGUUAUAUGCUAGAGGCUUAUUGUAUGUAAUUGUCUCCCUCCACUUAUGUAUUGGUUUGAGUUUAUUAUGGCUUUGUGGCCGUCCAAAGUAGGCGGGUUGAGGCUUCUCUUGUACUAGACAUGGGUUUGUGUAUUACCUUGACAACUAUAUAUUGUAAAAGAUUCUUUCAUAUUAAUUUUUAUACCUUGUUGCUCUCUGA